AGCGAAAAUUUGCAGUGCGUGUGAAUUAUUAAAUAAUUUUAUUUCCCCUGCAAGAAAAUGCAGUUUAAAUGUUAAAAAGUGUUUGGAGGAGCGCUCUACCUAUGCGCAUGUGAAUUCAAUGGAUUUUAAUUACAGAAACUUGGAGAAUAUGUUGCCUCUCCUCGGUUCAAUUGCCGCUGGCAAUAAUAUUAAUAGUAAUCAAAACUUCAUUAAUCAACUUGCCGCGGCUAUAUCCACGGCGGUGGGUGCCGUAAAUGCCGGAACAACGUCUGGCAGCGCUAAUGCUGGCACCGUUUCGAAUACUCGCGAGCGUACACCUGAACCACCACCAGCUCCAAGAUUUCGGUCAAACUCACCAGUAAGAAUAAAACCGAACCGAGGCACUGCACCAAUGGAUAUUGAAAAUGAAUCGGAGGUUGAACCCCCAAACGUUAUAACUACACAAACUGCAACCACUUCAUUGCCCACGACGACUGAUGCAAACAUACCAGUGGAUAAGUUUACAAUAGGAGUGCAUAACACUAAUAUGUUUAUGAAUGGGUUUAUGCCAACAACAGCGACACAAGCAGGCGGCAUCAAUGCAGCACCAUAUAUGUUCUUUCCAACAAACCCAGCAGCAAAUCCAGCUUCCACUUCCGCUGCGGUUGCCGCUACUCAGGCGGCUAAUCAAAUGUUUAUGGAUCCUACAUCCAUGAUGGCAGCCAUGCAGCAAAUGCAACAAAAUUAUGCUGCUAACUUUGCCACUACGAUGCCAAACGCCGAAGCCGGACUUAAUGGACAAAUUGGUACCGGACCAGUCACUGGUAUGAAAGAUGUGAUAAAAACCAAGAAUUGCAUACUUUUUCCGCCUAAUCCAAAUGCGCCGCUACCAACCACACGUGAGCGUCCGCCUGGUUGCCGUACUGUCUUUGUAGGCGGGUUACCCGAAAACAUCACCGACGAGUUUAUACGAGAAAUAUUCGAAUCUUGUGGUGAAAUCGCCACAUUGCGUGCAUCCAAGAAGAACUUCUGUCACAUACGUUACCGUCAUGAAGCCUCCGUUGAUCGUGCCAUCUAUCUCUCUGGCUAUCGAAUACGCAUCUCCAACACCAAUGAACCGUCUAAUUUUGGACGAUUGCAUGUGGACUAUGCGCAGGCGCGUGAUGAUCUAUAUGAUUUUGAAUGCAAGCAACGUCAAUUGCAGCGGGAGCAACGCCAUCGCGAGCGUCUGUCGAUAGAUCGCAUGCGUUCCCAAUCACCGCCACCCAUACCGCAUUACAGUGAACAUGAAGCAUCGUUAGUAGCAGAACAUCUGCGAAGUAGUGAUACCUUUGUGAAGGCUGUACAAACUAUUGCCAUUUGGCUGGAACGUGGAGAUUGCACAAAACGUAAUGCCAAUAUAUUUUAUUCGAUGAUACAAAGCACACACGCGCAUGUGCGUCGAUUACAUACAGAUAAGCAGCAAUUGGAAGAUGAUUUGCGCAAGGCGCGUGAAAGCUAUCGCAAACAAAUGCUGACGAUGUCCACGCAAUUCACUCAGAUUGAAAAAGUGUUCAGUGCUGCUAGUCACAAGAAGGUUUGGGACCAUUUCACCAAAGCCCAAAGAAAAAACAUCGAUCAGUGGAAGAAGCUGGCAUUGGAACUACGCUCCGUGCAAAUUGAGGACGAUGAAAUGGAAAUGUCCGAUGAGGAUCGUAACUAUCAGGGUAGCAGCGCCAAGCGUACGCGUUACGAUGCGGAGAGUUUGAAGGAGGAGAACGACUCACUGCGCUGCCAGCUGGAAGCCUUGCGCGGCGAAAUGUCCCACGUCCGCACCGACAUCAAAUGCGACAAUGAUUAUCGUGAGAAACAGAUCAAAGUGUUGCAGGAAACGAUACGCAAUAUGCAAACCCAACUGUUGCAAACCAAAAUUCGCGAGCAAAAAGACUCAAAAACUAUCCAACAGCUCGAGCGUAAACUUAAGGAAUCUGGUGUUAAGCAGUUACUUCUAAAAACUAGAAUCAAAGAGAGCUCCAGCAGACGAAGGGAUCGUGAGACAUCGUCAGUUAACUCUGAAGCAAGCGAAAUAUUAAUCGAAGAGGCAGAAGAUGACGAUGAUGAUGAUGUGGAAGAGGUGAAAGUAAAUGAGCAAACGAGAAAUAAAACAGACUGUCAAAAUAGGGAGAGAGAGAAUACUGAAUACUCCUCGAGUGCGGUGGCUACAAAUUCAUCGCGAAAGCGUACAAAUCAUAUGCAAAUUAUUGAUAUUGAUGUCUAUAAGAGUGAUGACGAAGUAAAGAUAAUUGAAGAUCACACUGACGUUGUUGAAAUACAUGAAACUGAUGAAGAUGAGAGAAUGGCUAAAAGUAGCAAGGAAGAAAAGAAUAAUGAAGAAACGCAGAAAAAUGAGAAACAGACGCAAGAACGUUCCAAGGUGGAUGAUAGUGAAAAAACUGCGAAUUUAACUGAAGUAAAGCCAGGCAUGGUGCAAGUAGAAACAAAACUGCUGGAGGACUCAAAUGACAUUGAGCCUAAAUUCUUGCCAUUUGUGGAAGCUCAAAUUAUCGCACUAGUUGCAGCCUAUUUAAUAGUGCAACCUUUCGGUGUUAGCACCGAGUCAAUUAGUGUUUAUCUUCAACAAUCUAUGAAAACGUUAGACCUGAAGGUUCCAACUUUGGAACAAAUAUUAACAACAUAUACGAAUCUAUUCAAGAUGGAAAGCAACUCAACAGAUGGAGUCGCUGAUGGAACCAAAGUUCAGUGGAAAUUUUGCGGAUUUACAACAACUAGCGAUAGACCAGAGGAAAAAGAAACAGUUAACGUGCCCGAUAAAGAGUAGAAAGCAACAAAAUCGAAUGCAAAAAAGAUACACUCCCUACUCGCUAAUUACCAAAUUUGACACAUAUUUUUACUAAAAUGUAUCAAUAAGUAUCAAUUAAUCAAAUAUAAAACAACGAUUUUAAUCCUUACAUUUAAUAAUUGCGUAAAAGUUAGACGCAACUGAAAAAGUAAUUUUCGAAUGAAAAAAAAAAACGAUUUUAAAAAAUAAAAAUAAUAAUUUUGUUAUUUGAAGAAAAACGAAAAAUUUUAAUUCAAUGAUGAUGAAAAAUAACUGUAAGACUAGUUUAGUUUUAAUCAUGUAGAAAGGUAUGGGGAACCAAUAAAAACACCAAGAAUAUAAUUAAAUUUAAUA